GAUCCACAAAACAAAAUGAAAACUAACUCAGCCUCAACAAUCUCUACAAACUAUAAUACUUCAAAUAUACUUACCUAUAGCCAAGCCACAAAACAAAAUCUUACUGGAAAUCAAAUGCAACUUGAUGAAGAUCCUAUUUAA